CUUCAAUGGCAUGGGACUUUUCACAACUGCCAACGAACGCUGACAUUUCCAGGACGUCCGUCGCACGCUUAUUAGUGAUCCAGAAUUCCAUGACGCCAUAGCUCCGGCGUAGGAGAGACGAUGAGCAGUCACGAAGGAAGGUCCGGCGAGAGGUCACACGUCUUUCAGAUUCGCAUCGACAGCGUCGAGGAUGAGAGCACCGCCCCCAUAACGGAGGCCAGUUCUCGAGAGGAUCUCAUCAGCAGCGCCGCCCGGGAGGGCGACAGGACCAGCGAGCAGUCGAUCUUUCAGUUUCCCAGAUUCCUUUCGGUGCCAACGCUGCGUAGCCCGCGCCAAUCCCCCGAUCCCUCCGCCAGGAGGGAGGUGAUGUCCAGUCCGGCCAAGAGCGAGCGCAUGAGCCGCCGGAGCCAGACGAAGCUGCGACCACGACGACUUAGCCAGGAUAGUGGCAUUGUGGCAGGAAGAUUAAUUGGAUACGGAGAGGGUGUCCUAAUUGACACCGAUCUGCAGUCAAGGAAAAUCGUAGCCGAUCCGACAGAUAGCGUAUAUAGCUGCCAGGCGGACGAUAAUGUUGCGUUGGCCAACACCAAGCCCGCCACUCCGAUUCCGCCAAAGAGCAAGCUGAGUGGAAAUCGGGCUCGGGCGGGAUCGGCUGCCUAUACGGAAAAGUGGCUCAACUCGUCGGUGAUGCGGACGAGCAACGGGAAUCCGCUGUUUCCCAAAUCCAACUCGAUUGCCGUGCCGCUGCCCACGCAUCUGGAAUCGGAAUCGGCGGAACCGAGUCCCACGCAGGCAUUUGGCCCGAAGAUCCUGGGAAGUCACGAGGAGGAUAUUCCCGGAACGGCCAUGCGACGGAAUUUGGGCCUCAAUCUGAGUCCCACUCUGGGCUCCGGCGACAGGGUGAAUCAGUCCUACGAGAUCAUGGAGUCGUCGCACUCCAAUGUUUUGCCCAACGAUCAGUUUGGCUAUCGGCAACUCAUUCCCACGGAGCGAAAGGCCUCGGAUUCGACGAGUUCCGUGAGCGGAAGUUACUACGGCAGCCGGAAGGCCAGCAAAAGCAACAGCCUGGGUGGCGAAUCCGGGGACGAGAGAAGGGUCAGCAAGCAGGAUCGGGAGGGCCUGGAUCCCGAAUCGCUGAUGUUUCGCGACGGUCGACGGAAGGUGGACAUGGUGCUGGCCUGGGAGGAGGAGGACCUGGGCGUCAUGACCGAGGCGGAGGCCAAGCGACGCGAUAACCGUCGCUGCUUCAUGGAGAACCUCAUCAAGGAGGGAUUGGAGGUCGAGCUGGAAGACAAGUCGCAGUCCUUUAAUGAGAAGACCUUCUUCUUGAAGAUCCAUUUGCCCUGGCGACUGGAAACCCGACUGGCCGAGGUCAUGAACCUGAAGCUGCCGGUCAAGAGAUUCAUCACCAUAUCGGUGAAACCAUCUUGGGAUGAGGAGAAUGUGGUCUUACGGAAUGUGCAAUAUUGGAAGGAUGUGUGGCAGCGCUUGACCAAAAAGAUUCAACUGGACCAAACUCUUCUGGAGGGAGAGACUACAUUCAAGGCUGCAACAGCUAAUGGCAAUCCGGAGGAGCAGUUCAUUGUUAAAGAUCGAGCCACUGCCUUCACCAGUGCCCAGCGGUCGCUGAUGGUGAUGCAGGUGCUCAUCCGGACGCCCUUCGACGAGAGCGACCGCAGUGGCAUCCGGCGGCUGAUGAACGACGGCACGUACUUGGGCGUUUUCCCGCUGCACGAGGGGCGGUACGACCGGCCGCACUCCAGCGGCAUCUCGCUGGACCGCCGCGUCCUCUACCAGACGUGGGCCCAUCCCUCCCAGUGGUACAAGAAGCAGCCGCUGUGUCUGGUGCGCAAGUACUUUGGCGACAAGAUCGCCCUCUACUUCUGCUGGCUGGGCUUCUACACGGAGAUGCUCGUCUAUCCGUCGGUGGUGGGCACACUGUGCUUCAUCUACGGCCUGGCCACACUGGAAUCGGAGGACAAUACGCCCAGCAAGGAGAUCUGCAAUGAGUAUGGGACGGGAAACAUUACCCUAUGCCCACUUUGCGACAAGGCCUGCAGCUACCAGCGUCUCUCGGAAUCGUGCCUCUUCUCCCGGCUCACCUAUCUCUUUGACAAUCCCUCGACGGUGUUCUUCGCCAUCUUCAUGUCCUUCUGGGCCACCACAUUCCUGGAGCUCUGGAAACGCAAACAGUCGGUUCUUGUGUGGGAAUGGGACCUGCACAAUGUCGAUAUGGAUGAAGAGAACCGUCCGGAGUUUGAAACGAAUGCCACCACGUUUCGCAUGAAUCCUGUUACGCGGGAAAAGGAACCCUACAUGUCCACUUGGAACAGAUCUAUAAGAUUUGUAAUUACCGGUAGUGCAGUGCUAUUUAUGAUAUCUGUGGUUCUAUCUGCUGUACUGGGCACCAUUCUGUAUCGCAUAACUCUCGUAUCGGUUAUUUAUGGAGGCGGAGGAUUUUUUGUCAAGGAGCAUGCCAAGCUCUUCACCAGUGUCACGGCUGCCCUGAUCAAUUUGGUGGUCAUCAUGUUGCUUACUCGAAUCUACCACCGCAUGGCAAUCAGGUUGACCAACCUGGAAAAUCCGCGCACCCACACGGAAUACGAGGACUCCUAUACGUUCAAGAUCUUCUUUUUCGAAUUCAUGAACUUCUACUCUUCGCUCAUCUAUAUCGCCUUCUUCAAGGGGCGAUUCUUCGAUUAUCCGGGAGACGAUCAGGCCCGCAAAAGUGAGUUCUUCCGCCUCAAGAAUGAUAUCUGCGAUCCGGCGGGCUGCCUAUCCGAACUCUGCAUCCAAUUGGCCAUCAUAAUGGUGGGCAAACAGUGCUGGAACAAUUUCAUGGAGUACCUAUUUCCCAAGUUUUGGAACUGGUGGCGUCAACGGAAGCACAAGCAGGCCACCAAGGACGAAUCGCAUUUGCAUAUGGCCUGGGAGCAGGACUAUCACAUGCAGGAUCCCGGUCGACUGGCCUUGUUCGAUGAGUAUCUGGAAAUGAUUCUUCAAUACGGCUUUGUCACCCUGUUUGUCGCUGCCUUCCCAUUGGCACCGCUUUUUGCUCUGCUGAACAACGUGGCAGAGAUCCGCUUGGAUGCCUACAAAAUGGUCACCCAGGCCAGACGUCCUUUGGCGGAGCGCGUUGAGGACAUAGGCGCCUGGUAUGGAAUCCUUCGGAUCAUCACCUAUACGGCCGUCGUCUCGAAUGCCUUUGUGAUAGCCUACACCAGCGAUUUUAUACCACGUAUGGUCUACAAGUUUGUCUACUCUGAAACUCACACAUUGGCCGGCUACAUCGAGCACUCGCUGUCCAUCUUCAAUACCUCGGAUUACAAGGAGGAGUGGGGUGCCUCGGUCAGUGAACGAGAUCCGGAUACCUGCCAAUAUCGCGGUUACAGAAAUGGUCCCAAAGAUUAUGAACCCUAUGGUCUGAGUCCCCAUUACUGGCAUGUCUUUGCUGCUCGUUUGGCUUUUGUUGUGGUUUUCGAGCACGUGGUAUUUGUCAUAACUGGCAUCAUGCAGUUCAUCAUCCCGGAUGUCCCGUCCGAGGUGAAGACCCAGAUGCAGCGGGAGCAGCUGCUGGCCAAGGAGGCCAAGUACCAGCACGGGAUCAAGCGGGCUCAGGGCGACAGCCAGGACAUCAUGAGUCUGUUUCGGGACACCAGCCAGAGGACCUCGAUCGCCGGCAGCCAGGUGACAGCCCGCGGAAGCUGGGCUCGCCGCUUCAGCCGACUGAGCGACGGACUGGAUGCCCACGUGGAAGUGGCCGCCCGACCGCGAAGAUCGGUGGAGUCCACUGUGUGGGAGGUUUCCUGA